CAGACACAAAAGCAACUGUACAACAACACAACGUUGAAAACAACGACUUUGAACAACUCCAUUCGCCUCUCCCCGUUGAAACACCCGGAAGUCUCGCUAUCUUUUCCUCCAGCGACGCGGAAUUCGGGCAACGGAGAAAAUCUAUUAACCCGGAUUUCCCCAUUGCCCGCCUCAAAUCCAGCGAAUUCAAUUUCCCCGCUGGAAUUUUUGUAUUCGAAGCUCCACAUAUAUUAGCAAGUCGAUUCUUGUCAGAGUUUCGGUUUUGCCGGGGUUGUGUUUGGAGAAAGAGAGAAAUGGGGACUCCGGCGUUUCCGAAUCUUGGAAAGCACUGUAGCGUUGAAGAUUGUCGCCAGAUCGAUUUCUUGCCCUUCACCUGCGAUUGCUGCCGCCUGGUUUUUUGUCUUGAGCAUCGGAGCUACAAUAGACAUCGAUGUCCCAAAGCCAACAAAAAUGAUGUAACUGUUGUCAUCUGCCCCCUCUGUGCUAAGGGCGUCCGCCUACAUCCUGAGGAAGAUCCAAAUAUUACUUGGGAAUCACAUGUAAAUACAGAAUGUGACCCGUCUAACUAUGAGAAGGCCACAAAGAAAAAGAAAUGCCCUGUGCCUCGAUGCAGAGAGAUGCUGACAUUCUCAAAUACAAUCAAGUGUAGGGAUUGUAGCAUCGAUCAUUGUUUGAAACACAGGUUUGGACCUGACCACAGCUGCCCUGGACCUAAGAAACCUGAAGCAUCGUUUCCAUUUAUGGGCUUUCGAAGUAAAAGUGUAAAAGACCAGCCGAAGCAAGCUGCAUCUACAUCUUCAUCGAACUGGACAUCGGGUUUCCUCAAGCUAGCUUCAUCAUUUCGUGCUACAGCUGAAGCUGGUAUUUCAAGAUUGAGCAGCGAAUUUAAUCAAGAGCCAAGUACAAAUAGAACGAUCCAGAGCAGCAGGGGCAGUACCAGCAACCGUGGAAGUGCAAGUGGGCAAGUGGAAGCUUGCCCUCAUUGUAAGUUACGAUUCUCUACAGUAGGAGCUCUGGUGGAUCAUGUGGAGAAAGUCCAUGAGCAGAAUGGGGUGAUGAAGGUGACACUUGAUAUCUGCCCGAAAUGUAGUAAAGGAUUCCGUGAUCCUGUUGCCCUUGUAGAGCAUGUAGAAAAAGAUCACGGUGGUGCAUCAAAAGCUUAAUGAGACGAGGAACUUAUGUCUGGAACUAUGCACAGUAUUGUUUUACCAAACUACAAUUUGUUUCAAGGCUUGCGGGAGAGCUGCUAAGCAUAUAACAAGUGUGUCCUUUCAACAUAAAAGAUUCCAAGUUUCAUGUCCGAAAUAAUUAUUACCGAAUUUGUUUGGUCUUCUUUUUCAGUAUUCUGAACUUGAGAUCCAAGAGUUCCCAAGAAUUGUGUUGAGCUUGAAGACAAGUUGAGAUGUAAAUAACAUUGUACAACAUAGAUUGUCACAUUUUUGUUGGCUUUCUUUGUCAUUGGAACCUCUAGGUUGACCAUCAUGUCAAUAGAAUUCAUCAGAGUACAGUGAGAAUAGGACUGAAUGAUGCAGAUGGUGAGGUUGCAGAGAUUUCUCUUCAAUCUUCACAUUAUCAACAUUUUAAUUCUUAUUCAUUGUGAAGUUAUCUUUUUGAGAUAAAAUUUGUCUUUUAGACU